AUGAGGCCGCGCUCGCUCCCGCCGCCGCCGCCCGGGGGGAUCCUGAGGCGGGGGGGGCGCGGGGGGGGGCACCGGCAGGUGCGGUUCGCGCCCAUCCCGGCCGAGGAGGAUGAUGAUGCUGAGGAGGAGGAUGCGGAGGAUGAAGCAGCCGGGGCUCCGUUCCUGGCCACGCCCACCCCGCACAGCACCCGCGCCGGUCCCGGCGGGGCCGCCCCGGUUCCGUUCGACGCGCCCCGAGCGGCGGCCGCGCUCCUGGGCAGCUCGUGGGCGGCGCGCUCGGCGCUGGGCGGGGCCGCGGCCGCCGCCAUGAACGUGCCGCCGGCCCAGCGCCUGUUCCGCGGGCUCGUCAGCCUGGCCGUGCCGCCGCCGCUACCGGGGCCGCGCAGGGGGGUCCCGCCCGCGCCCCCCCCGCAGGUACCGGGGCCGUGCCUCGCCGUGCUGGCGGCGGGGGGCGUGGCCAGCACCGGGGGGGAGGGGCCGUGCCUCCCUUCCCCCGCGCCCCCCGAGCCCCCCCGGGCCCGCCCGCGCCCCCCCGGAGCCGCGUUCGCCAUGUACCGGAAACGGCUGCAGUGGGGAGGGGGAUAA